CAUACUUGCCCAUCCCUGUGUCAUCCUUCCAUUCGACCUGUUCACCCAUUCCCCCAAUUAACCUCCACCACUAACCGCACCGAUGCAGCCUCUAUUCACUCCCCUCCUCAACCCUCCACAAUGUUCAGACCCGCAGCCAUACGACCAGCCACCAAGGCCCUGUGCCAAUCCACGCGUCCAACCCUCCCCAUCGCAUUCUUCCGCGCCGUCUCCUCCACAGCUCCGCUCCGCAAGGACUUCAACAAGAGCAAGAAAGACCCCCUCCUGGCGGCAACCACCACGGCACCGGGGGGCGCGCUGGAGGCCGAAGGCCAGUACGCGCGGACGGACGAGAACGUCAAGAUCGAGUACCCGGACGACGAACACAUGCCGCGCUCGCCGGUGGUGCAGGGCCGCGGCGGGAUGCACUUCAAGCGUACGCUGGCCCACUUCUCGCUGGAGAACAAGGUCACCCUGGUGACGGGGGGUGCACGCGGGCUGGGGCUGGUCAUGGCGCAGGCCAUUGUCGCGUCGGGGUCGGAUCUCGCCAUCGUCGAUCUGAACAAGCAGGAGGCCGAAGAACAGGCGAAGAAGCUGGUGGAGCAGUUCCAGAAAGAGAAUCCGGGCUUGGAGGCGGACCAAAUGCCUCACGUCACGGCGCACUACUCCGACGUCUCGGACCCGGAGUCCGUGAGCGGCGCCAUCGCCGAGGUGAUCGCGCAGCAUGGCCAGAUCGACCACCUGGUGACCUCGGCGGGGUUCACGGAGAACUUCGACGCGAUCUCGUACCCGCACGACCGCAUCCAGAAGCUGUGGGGCGUCAACGUCGACGGCACGUACCUGUUCGCGACGGGGGUCGCCAAGCACCUGAUGGAGCGAAAGGUCGCCGGGAGCAUGGUCAUGAUCGGCAGCAUGUCCGGGGCCAUCGUCAACGUGCCCCAGCCCCAGGCCCCCUACAACGCCGCCAAGGCCGCCGUCCGCCACCUCGCCGCCUCCCUCGCCGUCGAAUGGGCCGGCCACGACAUCCGCGUCAACUGCAUCAGCCCCGGCUACAUGCUGACGGCCCUCACGCGCAAGAUCCUAGACGAGAACCCCGAGCUCCGCGAUAAGUGGAUCUCCCUGAUCCCCGUGGGCAAGAUGGGCACCCCCGAGGAUCUGAUGGGCGCCGUCACCUUCCUCCUCAGUGACGCUUCCCGGUACAUCACCGGCGCCGAUCUGCGGGUCGACGGCGGCUACACCUUGACCUGAUCUCCCACCCUUCCACUUCAUGUUGAUAUGUACUGUACCGGUAUUGUUCAAUACCAUCCUCCCUAAUCAUAAACGAUGUACAUCCUGCGUCCUGCAUAGGGUAGAUCUAGCGGCGUGACUUAGUUGUUAGCGUAGCCACCCUGACUCAAUGAUAUGAUUCUCAAGCCCUCGUUGGAAUCUGAGCUUUCUCUACUCAAUAAAGAAGCGCAGCGAGGCGGGGAAGGGUCAGUGCUACAGAACCCUGUUAAGCUAGCUGCAUCAUGACGAC